CCCAAUUGCCUAAAAUUCUCUCUAUCUAACCAUUUCCAAUAACACAAAAAAAAGCUUUGAAUCUUCCUUCUUGUGCAAUAUUCACUAUGGAUGGCUCCACGCAGCCCCUUCUCACAACCAAAGCAAAAAACAAACACCAUGAAACCAAAACACCACCGUCCACCACCGCGGUUUUCACCGCCGCAGCUCCCGACAUGGAUCCAAUCACUAGUCCAAGAGAUUUUUUCAAACAGUUCGUCUUCGAGUCAAAGAUGCUCUGGUACCUCGCCGGACCCGCCAUCUUCUCGUUUGUCUCCAAAUACUCACUCGGCGCCGUUACUCAAAUAUUUGCUGGCCAUUUUAGUACCAUCGAUCUCGCCGCCGUGUCGGUGGAAAAUUCCCUCGUCGCUGGUUUUUCCUUCGGCUUGAUGCUUGGAAUGGGAAGUGCACUUGAAACUCUAUGUGGACAAGCAGUAGGAGCAGGAAAACUAGACAUGUUAGGAGUAUACAUGCAAAGAUCAUGGGUCAUACUAUUUUCCAUGGCAUUUCCACUAUGCUUCAUUUACAUCUUCGCAGGAACCAUUCUAAAACUAAUAGGUCAAACAACUCAAAUAUCCGAGGCUGCAGGAACAUUCGCUAUAUGGAUGAUACCGCAAUUAUUUGCUUACGCGUUGAAUUUUCCGGUGGCGAAAUUCCUACAAGCGCAGAGUAAGGUGAUUGUGAUCGCGGUUAUAUCGGGGAUUGCUAUGGUGUUGCAUCCGGUGUUUAGUUGGUUGUUGAUGGUGAAAUUUGGGUGGGGAUUGGUGGGUGCUGCGGUGGUUCUUAAUGGAUCUUGGUGGUUUAUUGUGGUGGCUCAGUUGGGGUAUGUGUUUAGUGGGAAAUGUGGAGUGGCUUGGAAUGGGUUUUCUUUUGAAGCGUUUAGGAAUCUUUGGGGAUUCUUUCGGCUUUCUAUGGCUUCUGCUGUUAUGCUCUGUUUGGAAACGUGGUACUUUAUGGCACUUAUUUUGUUUGCUGGAUAUCUGGAAAAUGCAGAAGUUUCAGUGGAUGCCUUCUCUAUAUGCAUGAAUAUAUUGGGCUGGACCGUCAUGGUGUCUCUAGGGAUGAACGUUGCCAUAAGUGUGAGAAUCUCAAAUGAACUUGGAGCAACUCACCCAAGAACAGCGAGAUUUUCGCUGGUGGUUGCGGUGAUUACGUCGGUUUUCAUCGGACUCUUGUUGGCUCUUGUUUUGAUCCUCUCGCGGGACAAGUACCCUGCCCUAUUUACCAAUGAUACAGAAGUGGCGGAUCUAGUUAAGGAUCUAACACCAUUGUUGGCCUUUUGUGUUGUCAUUAAUAAUGUUCAACCUGUUCUUUCAGGGGUGGCCAUUGGGGCUGGAUGGCAAGCUGCUGUGGCGUAUGUGAACAUUGCAUGCUACUAUCUAUUUGGAAUUCCAGUGGGUCUUAUAUUGGGUUACAAGGUUAACUUGGGAGUCAAGGGAAUUUGGUGUGGAAUGAUGUCAGGGACUAUAUUGCAGACAUGUGUUCUUUUGGUAAUGGUUUACAAAACUAAUUGGAUCAAAGAGGCCUCUCUUGCUGAAGAUAGGAUAAGGAAUUGGGGUGGGGGCCAAGUGACUAAAACUAACACUGAAAACAUAGAACAGACAUGAAAAAAAAGUAGUGAUCAUAACAAGGUUUUGAUUCCACGAAAAGUCUUUAAUAUCUCAACCUCAAGAUUGAAUAUGAUAAGGUAGUGAUUAUGCAAGAUAGUUAACUGAUGAUGUUCAACUUUGUGUGAACCAUGUCAGGGAUGCAUUGAAGAUGGUAACUAUGUGUCAACCAUGUCAGAUAGUCACGAUGUCGAAUAGCUUCUGCAUAGGACAUCUUGUCUGACAUGUUGCUUUAGUUGAUAGAAUAUCUCAACUCAAUAUGUUCCUUUAUAACAUAGGACAUCUUGUUUAAUAUGUUCUUUUAACCAAGAUAACACGUCUUAUUUAUCA